GAGGGGGUGUAAAUGUGAACUGUAUCCUGAGUUGCAGUCCUGUGUCUGCAUUCCUCAUCAAGGAUCUGCUUAAGAGGGGGAAAAAAAUCAUAAAUAAUAACACGGACACAGACUGGAAUACGGCGGAAAUCAUCCGGAUCGCUGACGGAAUAUCACUUUAAAGGCUGAUGGUGUUGUUUGCAGUCCAGCGCUCAGUAAUUGGGGUAUUUGUGGCUCGGACGGAUGGAGCUUAAUAAAGGAGUGUAGACAUGAGAAGAGAAAUAAACAGAUACGCUGCUUUAAAUGCGCUUUAAAAGCAGGAAAACAAGAUGGCUGGUGACAGUAAACCAUAACAAGGGCAACACGCCGGUGUCCCCUUUAAGAACAAGAACUGUGUCUGAAAUACAUCAAUAUUUAAGAGCUGGAAGAAAUAAAAGGCUUGACACUGUUACACUGUUUGCUAUUUUUAAGUGAAAGGAUCGCGAGACGGCCGCAAUCAGCUGCGAGCAGGUCGACAUGGACAGGCAGGACAGCUCGGAAAACACUUUAACAUUUAACGACUGUAGAUAGCGAGAGAAUACAUUUACAGGGGAGAGAGAGAGAGAGAGAGAGAGUUUGAUCAAGAGAUUUGCGCGAGCGCGCGUGAGAGCGGUAGAGAGAGCGAGAGCGCGAGCGACACAGAGAGAGCGUGAGAGAGAGAGAGAGAGAGAGAGAGAGACGGACAGAGAGAGAGAGAGAGAGAGAGAGAGAGAGAGCUCUGGAAAUGUUUCAUAACGCACAUUAAUUCACUUAAACGCUUUUUGUUGCUUGCUGUAAAUUGUCCCGUGUCGGACCACAGAUUCGGUUUUCUUUCCCGUUUUUUUUUACCGAACGACUUGUACAACUGCUUCUAUAUUAGACCUAGUUAGAUUUUACACUAAAACACCGUCUUUUUCUCGUUCUGAUUCUUGUAAAGUAAUAUUUUGGGCACUUUGUGCGACACUCACACUGUACAAGAGGCCUGUUGUACUGCUGAGCUAUUUAUCAUCAGUCUGCAACUUCCAGCGCACAUCAGUAUGUACAAGUCACCCAGCAGAGAUGCCCCUUGUUCUUCUCCCUGCAUCCUGAAGCACAGUUCAGUUCAGCUAUAAAGGUUUUCAGGCGCAAACUACAAACUUCUGACUAUCUGUAUAACUGAUUGGAAUCAGUGUAAUAAUCUGGGCACAUUCAUUCUUCUAAAAGAAGCAAGGAGAGGAGCGUCUCAGCCUGAAGAGCUGUACGACUUCGGUUUGGUCUGUUUUAAGCCUAGAAGGUUUUCAUGUCCGUCGUGAUCCGAUUGCAACAUUCAGAUCCCUGAUUUGUGUCUCAGCUGCGGAACUUGAACAGGGGCGGAAGAGGCGCUCCCUGGACCUUUCAUGGAGACUUAUCAACAGCUGUUUGUGCAGACUUGUAUGCCUGUGUGGACAAGCAGAGUCAUACGCUUAGUUUUAUAAAAGGGGAACGAGAAUGCCCGACUUAUUUUAAAUAGUUUAACAGGCUCUCAACUUAAAACCGGCCUGCAUGUCUUCUACCCAAGCAGCUGAGAUGGCUGAGGCCUGGAAGAACUGUCUCGAGGAAGAGCUCAUCUGCCCCAUAUGUCUGCAUGUGUUCGUAGACCCCGUGCAGCUGCCAUGCAAGCACAACUUCUGCCACGGCUGCAUCAGCGAGGCUUGGGCCAAAGACGUGGGCAUCCUGCGAUGCCCGGAGUGCAAUCAGCCCUACAAACAGAAGCCCAGUCUCGACAAGAACAUCAAGCUAAUCAAUAUCGUGGAGAAGUUCAACGCCCUGAACACAGAGAAAGAGCCGACCGUGCUGCAGUGCAUACUGUGCAGACGGGGACCCGGGCUUCCCGCGCAGAAGGUUUGCCUACGCUGCAACGCGCCCUGCUGCCAAUCGCACAUUCAAACACACCUUCAGCAACCUUCUUCAAAUGCCGGGCACCUGCUGGUAGAUGUCGAAGAUGUGCGGGCCUGGAGUUGCCCCCAACAUGAUGAAUACAGACUGUAUCACUGCGAGACCGAGCAGGUGGCCGUGUGUCGUUACUGCUGCUUCUCUAGAUGUGCAGUCGGCCAUGGACAUGGCAUCUGCGACGUGGAACUGCGUCAGAAUGAUAUAAGGCACAUGCUGAUGAAGCAACAGGAUCGAAUUGAUGAUCGAGUGCAGGACAUCGAAGAGCUGUUGUACAAGCUCGAGUCAGACAAACGGCAGGUGGAGGAUAAGGUGGAUCAGCUGAAACAAGAGGUGCGCCUGCAAUAUCAGAAAAUGCAACAGCUCCUAGAGGAGGACCUGGGAAAGGCUCUGAAUGUGCUGGAGAAGUCAUGGUCGAAGUUCUGCCAGGAAAACUCCAGACAGGUCCUGCAGCUCAAUGAGCGGCGCCAGGAGGCCAAGAAGAUGCUCAGCUCUGUCCAGGUCUUGUUUGACAAGGCAGAAAAUAUCAACUUUAUGAAGAACACAAAACCUAUAAAAAUCCUCCUAGAUAGAUCUCAGACAUCUAUAGACAGUGCACUACCUCCCUACAAUGCAGGUCACCUUAACUCUAAAGUCUUUCUUGCUGAAAUUUCUAAAAAGGAGAAGAACCUACGCAAAAUGCUGGAAGCACCCUUCGCCGCUCCUGCACACUUUUUCCAGAGUGUUCCUGUGUACCAAUGCAGAGUGAGCAGUUCAGGAUCAGAAAAGCGCAAGCACUCGACUGCAUUUCCUGAGAGCAGUACAAACUUCAUGGAAUCCGCAUCAGGUCCUGUGAACAAGCAGCAGUUCCUGGCUCCAAGUACCAGCUCCGACGAAGGGCCAUCUGUGGCUUCCUGCAGCUCUGCUCGACACAUCGUGAGUGGCGUAGAAGUGAGCGAUGCUCAGCCUGUCCAUCAUUCCAGCUCAGUGUUCAGUCCUGCCCACUACCCCAACGCGGGUUCCACACAACAGGCUAUGCUGCCACAGUACAAUGGCCGUAAGAUUCUCAUGUGUACAGUGGACAACUGCUACUGCUCCAGCAUGCCCUCUGUGUCUGGACACCAUGGCCACCCUUCCUACUCGCGCUCACCUUCUUUCGCCUGGGCUCAGGAGUUCUCACACCCAAUGCCCCCCCCAGCUCCCUCCAUGUCCCAGCCAAUACAGAACAUCUCAGUGCGUGGGAACUGGAUUGGCACCUCACAGAGCCAUAGGCACCCCGACUUCUACAGCCUCUAUGGAGAACCUUCUACUAAACACUAUGUCACCAGUUAACCGUUCUUUAUCCAUUCCUUCUUUCUUUCUCUUGCUUCUUUUCUUUUUGCUUUCUCUCUGUUUAUUUUCUCUCAACAACCAUUGCAUUCAAAUGGCACUUUGUCUCAUUUUAUAUUAGUCAAGGUAAGCCUUGUGGCCCUCCCAGCCACAUAUCUUCUUUCUCAAGGCUAUAAAAUCGCUGUCUGCCACUGUACAGUCUUUUGAAGGGAAAAUGGAAUUUGUGGCUGUCCUUUUAAAAUUGAGAACAGGCCUUGGAUAAUUGUAGAUGCUGCUGACCCAAAGCAGAUAAUAUUAAGCUUUGCACAAGCCCAGCUUCCUCUGUCCCAUCUUCCAGCCUUUAGUGUGUCUGGGGAGAAGGAGGUGGCAUCUUUUUUAUCAUAAAUUUGGUCUGUAAUUCUCUAUGUAACUGGGGGAAACAACCAUUGACUGCAUCUAUAUGAUGCUUAAAAGUACUUUUAUUUCUGUUAAGAGAAAGGGUUGGUAAAGGUUGAAAAGGGUUGCGGUCUAUUAUAGGAAAGAGGUAAAAAGAUUAACCAUGACUGUGUGGCUGAUUGCCCAAGGUUAAAACCAUGUUUAACAUGGGACAAGCUGGGAUUGAGCUUUUAUGUAAAUGCCUAAAAGGUGACAGGAUCUAGUAUCAUGUUUACAAUUACAUAUUAGCAUUUCUUAUGGUUUGACUGGCAUUAGUGUCUUAAUCUUAGUGGAAGAAUCACCCAAGAAGAAUUCAAUUCGAAUAGCAAUUCGAAUCCUGGAAGCCUCCAUGAGAACCUCUCACAUAUUCCACGUGUCUUUCCUAGACUUCUCUGAAACUUAAUUAAUAACUGCACCUAAACCAAUUUUUCCUGGAUUUUGCUUUCUGUCAAGUAUGGAACCUUCCUGAAUCAAAGCACAAGAAAGGCAUGUUCACGACGAUCAGCAAACACACUCAAUAUUUAAUCAUUGAUCAAUUAUACAGAUGUGGUAUCCUUCCUCUUUGAAACUGUUGUCAGCUCCAGUGGAACCCAGUGGGUUUGUGUGAUCACUGCACAGUGCUGAUUGUCAGGAACAUGCUGAAAAUCUGUUGACUUCCUGUUUGGAACUUGAAGCAGUCCAGAAAGAUUUUCCAUGAACUCUAAGGUUUUACGCUGAACCUGAAUAGAAAACAGUUAUUGACAUUUUUCCCCACAUAUUUUGUACCCAAAAAAAUGGACUACUGAACCUCUAUAAUUUGCUUCAUUGUGCUUCAAAAGAGUAUUAAAUGUUUUAAAACACAUACAGUCUUUUUGUACAUAUUUUGUGCAACACAAAAGUGUGGCUCUAAUCUAAAAAAAAUAAAUAAAUAAAGAGCAGUUAAUGGA